UUUAAAUUGCUCAACGGUCACUUUUUCCUCCCCCUCCUCCUCUCUCUCUCUCUCUCUCUCUCUCUCUCUCUCUCUAGCAUUCGUUUUCGCGUCCUCGGUCUCGAUUCGAAUCCCAUUGCGAUCUCCGCUCUCGUCUUCGUGGGGAAUCCCGGUCGAUGGGUGGAAGCCCCAAGAGCUCGUCACCUUCCUCCGAUCGUCGUCAAUGGCAGCGCAUCUUUAGGGCUUUGGUGGAGAUGCUGCGAUCUCAGCAGUCGCAGAUCGAAACCCUAGUCGGCGACCGCGAGUUCCUGGAGCGCUACGUCCACGCCCAGAGCGAUCGGUGGUCGUCCCGCGUCCGCCUCCUCGAAUACCGCCUCGCGCAGAUGAAGGUGGAGGAGGCGAAGGGGCGCCAAUUCCAGGAGGCGAAGUUGGAGCUUUUAGUCGGCAUGAAGCAAAGAGAGGCUCUGUGUUUCAAGAAGCAAUCUGAACUGGCUGAGAGUGAUUUGGACGAUUACCAGACUUGUGUGGAGGUCUUGACUGCUGAGAUCUCCGACCUUAAGGAGAAUCUAAAGCACGCAGAAGCAGAAGCUGAUAAAGAACUUGAUUUCUCGGGUACUGAUCAAAGCACUCAAGCUCUAAGAGGCGAAAUCCGAAAACUAAAGCAAGCUUACAAGACCCUUAGCUCGAGAAAGGAUGUUGAGGUUUCUGCAUUGUUAGCAGAAAAGGACUUUGUAUGGAACCAGUUCAAGAAAAUGGAGAGUGACUAUACCAGUCUCCUCAAGAGCAAGAGAUUAGAAGCCGAGCAGGCCAAUGAAGCCGCUGAGAAGCUUCAGCAUAAUUUAACACAAUUGCGAGCAUCGGCCAAUGAAAAGGAUGAUAUUAUUGCUAAAUUAGAAGAAGAAAAGGCUAGACUUGAGUCAGAUCUGAGAAAGCACUCCAGAGAAGUUGAAUUGGCUGAAGAGAAGACAGAGGUUCUUAAGCGUGAUAUGGAGGAGCUGCAAUCAUUGGCUAACGAGAAGGAUGAAACCAUUAGGAAGCUGAAAAAUGAGAUCGAUUUGGUGAAGGGAACCAGUCGCAGGUCGAGAUUUUCAAAUGACUUGGGGUCUAGGAGGAAAACGAGAAAUGAAGCACGUACACCGUCCAUGAAUCUGUCAAGAGGGGAUAUUGGUAAAAGAAUUUUGAGAAGUGCGAAAGGCGACAUAAGUCGGAAGCGUAAAUUCGUUCGUGGGGAGUCUUCUGGAUCACGGGCCUCUUCUUCAGUUGAUGGACUCCGACGAUGCUCAGGACGGCUACAUGGAAAGGCGAGCUCGCCACUCGUCAGCCCGAUGUUGUUUUCUUCGAGCUUCAAGGUUCCGAAGUUGAAGAGCUUAUCCCAACACCACCAUUCUGCUGCAGCCUAAUGUUAACACAACUUAGAAGUUCAUUAUGCCUUAAAUAUUUUACUUGUAUUUUAGCUAACUAUUUUCCUUUCCUAUUUUAGUGUGUUGUGUGUGUAUAUUAGACUUGAAUGUAGGAUCCAAAAAUAUAUGUUAUAGGAUUGAUGUAGAGAGAGCAUUAAUUAGGGUUU